CUCUGUGCGGCCGCCGCCAGCGGGGUUGUGCUCCGACAUCCCGGUGCCGGCGCUGCUUCCUUCUUCAGCGGGGCGCCGCCCGCCGCCAACGCAAGGCCCUCGGUCCCUCCGUCUCGGCGGGCUCAGGGCCGAGGCAUGGAGGCGGCCGCUGAUGGGGCGCCGCCACCCGGCGCUGCUGUGGCCGCUGCACCCGUGACAGAGACAUCGUCCGCGGCGACCGCCGCCGCCCCUCCGCGCCGGCUGCUGGCGCUGCUCAGGGACAAGCUCUGCACCUGGUAUAUGUUGAAAGCAAUAAUUCUGGGCCAGAUGCUUUCCUUGUUUAUCUGUGGGACUGCUGUUACAAGCCAGUACCUAGCAGAACAAUUCCAAGUGAAUACUCCAAUGUUUCAGAGUUUUAUCAACUAUUCUUUGCUUCUUUUAGUUUAUACAACAAUGCUGGCAUUUAGGACUGGGAGUGACAGUCUUUGGCAAAUUCUGAAACAGAGGUGGUGGAAGUAUAUACUUUUGGGACUGGCUGAUGUUGAAGCCAAUUACAUGAUUGUAAAAGCCUAUCAAUAUACGACCCUCACGAGUGUGCAGCUGCUGGACUGUUUUGGGAUUCCUGUGCUGAUGGCUUUGUCUUGGUUCAUUCUCCGUGCAAGAUACAGGCUGAUCCAUUUCCUUGCUGUUGCUGUCUGUUUGCUGGGUGUAGGAACAAUGGUGGGUGCAGACGUUUUGUCAGGGGGGCAGGACAGCGAAGGUAGUGACGUGGUGAUCGGAGAUGUCUUAGUGCUUCUUGGUGCUUCUUUGUAUGCCAUUUCUAAUGUGAGUGAGGAAUACAUUGUGAAAAAUCUGAGCAGAGUGGAGUUUCUAGGAAUGGUGGGCUUGUUUGGGACUAUUAUCAGCGGUCUACAGCUAGCCAUUGUGGAACAUAGGGAGAUAAUGAGAAUUCAGUGGAACUGGAAAAUUGCACUGCUGUUCACAGCCUUUGCCCUGUGCAUGUUUGGGCUGUACAGCUUCAUGCCCGUAGUGAUUAAAGUUACCAGCGCAACCUCCGUCAACCUGGGUAUUCUGACAGCAGAUCUCUACAGCCUGUUCUUUGGGCUUUUCCUCUUUUGUUAUAAUUUUUCAGGUCUUUAUAUCCUGUCCUUUGUUAUCAUCAUGACGGGCUUCAUCUUGUAUUGCUCCACUCCAACUCAGACAGCAGAACCCGCUGCUUUGCCACAGCCCACCAGCACUGGCUUGGACAACGCUGCACUGAAGCUCGAUGAGAAUGACAGUGAAACCCCAGCCAUAACCGUACAGUUCACAAGUGGAGAAGCUGUGGUGGUCAGCACUGGGUAAAGAAGUGGCAGCAUCCCAAAACAGAGCCUUUUUCUUUUUACUGCCAAAUUUCCCUCAAAAUUUAAUCUGGAGAAUUGUUCUACUGCCAAGGCAUAUGCCACGCUGCACUGGUUUUAAUGCACUGAACAGACUUUUAAGGCCAGAUCCUCAAUCAGUGAAAUGGUAUUAAUUUACCCUUGCAGCAAAUCUGGCCCUUAGAAAAAGUCAGAAUAGCGUUUAUGUGGAGCCUCUGCAAAGUGAGAGACUCUUAUUUUCAAGUGCUUAAUUAACUUAACAGCAAAUGCUUUUGGGGGAAAAAAUAAGCCAAAGCAAGCUCCCAGGUCACUAAGUGGAGCAAAUAUAUUUUAUAUUGCAUUAGGGACCUAAAUCUGUGCUAUCCAAGGGCUUCAUGGUUUUCACCCCUCAGUGCUGGAUACCCUCAAAUAGCAUUUUGCAAAAGCCACUCAGCUUCUCACAGGAUCUAGUUCUGCAAGUUGUAUUACAUAUCUACACCUCCCACAUGCUGAUGGACUUCAUUCCUUCGCUGAAAGACUUGCUUCUUACAUUCCACCCAGAUGUUCAUCUCUUCAUGUUCCUGUACUCCCUAUUGCAGCUGGGACUGCUAGAAAUAUUUUGAAUUUUGUUAGUAAGGGAAGUUUGGAUGUGUUUUUAUAAUCCCUUCUUUCUCUCUCAGUGGCCUGUUGCUUGGUGCAUUCCCACUAGGUGGACGAGACCAAAUCAGGCCUUUGCUCUGUUCAGUAAGACCUGAAUGUUGUUUAUUUCUGGAUGAGACAGCAAAAGGGUUUGAACUGAAGCUCACUUCCUGGUGCAUUUCUCCCUGAAAUGGGACACAUUUCUGCAGAAAGAGUCAAAUAAAAUCGGCAUUUCUUAAAAAAGCAUAUUAGCCAAUCUUCAUUGCAGCAACAGUGACAUCAUCUCCAAAAGGUUAAAUGCUUCCAGUAAAUUCACUGACAGCUUUCUUCUCCCUCUUCAUAUUUACAGUAAGUGAUUAAAAAAUAUGAGGCUGUGGUUUUAACAUCAGUAAAAUGGGAUUUUAUUUUUUCUACAAGCCUUCAUAGCUCAGGUGUAUGAAGUAACACAAGAAUAAAGUUUUCAGCAUUGAA